AAAACCCAUCUCUUUCUCAUACUCUCUCUCUCUAUAUAUAUAUUUGCUUAAACUUUGAUUUUGUUGGUUUAAUUAUCUCCGGACGCAACAAUGUCAAGCAGAAGAUCACGUUCCAGGCAAUCAAGUGGUUCCAGGAUCACUGAUGAUCAGAUUAUCGACCUUGUUUCCAAGUUGCAACAGCUUAUCCCUGAGCUUCGUGGAAGACGAUCCGACAGGGUAUCGGCUUCCAAGGUGUUACAGGAAACCUGCAACUACAUCAGGAACUUACACAGAGAAGUUGACGGCUUAAGCGACCGGUUAUCUCAGCUAUUAGCUUCGGCGGACACCGAUAGCGACCAAGCAGCCAUUAUCAGGAGUUUGCUUAUGGAAUAAUCAGCCUGAAAGAUUGAGCAUCGCUCAGUUUUUCCAUAUAUCUAGGGUUUGUUUAUGCA